GACGAAUACUUUAUUACCUCAAAGGUCAUUUUCCCGGUAUAUAACCACCGAAAACAUCCCCAAACCUUCGUUCGUCGUCUCUGACUCUCUGAGUGGCGAAAUUCGUCGUCUCUGUUUUCAUCUCUUCCGGUCUGUGGACGUUGCCGUUUUGUUAAAUCUUUCAUCCUGCAGUUGCAAAAGCAUCUUUUUGUCAUCAUUUCUAUUUGUUAAAAACUUUUGAAGGCACAUAAAGAUGCUUCAAAUCAGGCUAAGCAACAAAGCUGCAACUUCAGAAAGUGGUGGAGGAGCAAAGCUUCCAUCAGGGGAGACAGUGACAGUUGCAUGCCCUGACCACCUUGUUCUUGCUGAGCUUCCAGUGGCCAAGAGCCUCGGUUCUACUAGCGGUGUUACUCUUGUGAAGACGGUUGGGCGUAGGUCCCGCCGCCACCUCGGUGAACGUGUCCAUUUUUGUGUUCAAUGCGACUUCCCCAUUGCCAUUUAUGGACGCUUGAUUCCUUGUGAGCAUGCAUUCUGUCUGGAUUGUGCUAGGAGUGACUCUAUAUGUUAUCUGUGUGAUGAACGUAUACAGAAGAUCCAAACAAUUAAAAUGAUGGAAGGAAUCUUGAUAUGUGCAGCUCCACAUUGUCUAAAAUCCUUUCUUAAAAAAACCGAUUUCGAGGCUCACGUAUACGCGAUCCAUUCCGAUCUCAUCAACUCAAAUACUCAAAAGGAAGUCAACAACGAAUCCGAACCACCCCGAAAACCAACCACUUCCGACUCAACGGUUCAAGCCCCGACCCCAAGACCGGUCCAAGACGGGCUCCAACCACCACCCAUGGUUCCGGUUCCGGUUCCGGUUCGACCGCUCAUGAACCCUAAACCCAACCCACAACCACCAAUGGACACCAGACCCCACGGGUUCGAUGGACCACCUUAUGAAUACCCAAUGAAUAUGGGGAUGAGUAUGCCUCCUAAUUUUGUGGUCCCGGUCAAUGUAAUGGGUGGUGGGCCUGCUUCGUUUGGUCAACCGAUGUAUGUGGGCCCCGCGGAAACGGGUCCUUGGAAUGGGGCACCGUUUGAUCCUUCUAUGAUGAUGAAUCAAGGUGGUGGUGGUGGUGGAGUUGGUUUUUUUCAGGGAGGUUUAUUGCAAGGGGGGAAUGGUGUUGGUGUUGGUGUUGGUAAUGAUUUGAGGGAUGGAAGGGGGAUAUUGCCGCCACCACCGCCGCCGUUUGUGGGUGGUGGUUACUUUGGUGGUGGUGGUGGUGAUAUGGGGCAACAACAUGGACAGGGUCAGGGGUACGGGUGGCAACAAGAGAAGCGUGAUGCUUUUAAUGGAGGUCAAGAUUAGUUUAGAAUUUACAAUUCAUAUAUCUUCUUGUUUGCUACUUUUGGUUUAUAUCUUGUUGUUUAAACUUUAAACUGAUUUUUUUAAUCUUUGGCUUAACCGACUCACCGUUUUUUAGGUGUUUUUAGCUUCAAAAUGAACGUUUUUACAAGGAUUUCAUAACAAUUUUGAGUCUGAUAUCAUCUGUUUAAUCCUCAAGUGAACAUAUACACAAGAUGUAAUCACACAAAAAACAUUUAUCAACAAGAAUAUGACUAGAAAAAGAAGUUUGACAUUAAUGAACACGAUAAUUCAACAACUCAAUACACAAAUGGGAUUACAGCCUUCCUCCCUUUGGGAUAAUCUUCACCAAAUUUCUCCAUAUACCACUUGUGAUUCGCACGUGCCCUUGGCACCAAGUUGGCACAAGUGUAUACGAAAAACCCUAACCCGACCCAUGACCCGGUCAUCAAUCCCCAACCCAACCACUCUACUAUCUCACCGGAGUAAUUUGGGCAGCUCACAAGUUCAAAGAAACCGCCUCUCGGAAUCUUAUACCCACCGCCGGCACUCUUCAAUUUCAUCAAUUCCAUAUCUGAUUUCACAUUCACCGCCAUACCACCCAAGAAAACCGCCAAUCCAACGCAAAAUCGCCACCAGAACCACUCAUCGGCCCGGUAAUCUGCGUAUUCAGACACCCAUCUGGUCUGCAAGUAAGAAUUGAAGAGGUUGAAGGUGAAGGCCAUGAGAGCGACACUGAUCGGAUACCCAUUUGAGAGUUUGCGGCGGAGGCGGAGAGGGUAGAUGAUAGUGCGGUGGAAGUAGUGAAAGAUGAAAGGUGUAAUGAGGAUGAUUGAUUUUGGAUCAGAACGGUGUUGGCCCAGUGGGAAGAGGAGGAGUGUGAACCAUAGGGUGGGGCUUUCCAUGAGGAACCAGGCUAGUGGUGGGGGGAUGGUGGGACCCCAUCCCUUCCGGUGGUGCUUGCCGUAAGGGGCGGUCGUGAACUGGCAGGAGAUGAAGGUGGGUGGUGCGAUGAGGAAGUAGGAGAUAACGGAGUAAUGGAAGAAAGCUUGAUCGGAAGGCAUCUCUGCAGAAGGAUCUACUGUGAUCCUUAAGAAAUUGGGGUUAAAUGCAUCAUCUCCGAUUCCGAAAAGCAAACUUCGUUUAAAAAUGGUGGACACCGAUGUGAAAACCAAUAUAUCCUUAUUAUAUGGUUAAGUAACUAGGGAAGAAACCCUGUAAAGCAGUGCAAAAUGGUCAAAGUUGAAUGGGAUAGGAGAAAGCCAUCUGUUGAAUUAAAAAUUACUAUUUAUGUGAGGGAAUGAUCAUUUCAUCCUGCUGUUUAGUGUAAAUGACCGUUUUACAUGAUUAAAAAUUUGUUCCUUUGUAGCUUAACCAAAUAUUCAACUCAUUUGCUAAAAUGUGACAAACUGACAAUAGAAUAUAUGUAAACACAAUUUAGAGUUUUGUGUUUUUACUCUUAUUUUAUACAUCAGUGAAUUAGUUAAAAGAGUGACAUAGGAUGAAAUAAACAGCAGCAAGGAAUUUAUAUUGAAGUCAAUCUCGCAGCUGAACAGCCUUACAAAAUGGCCUUUCAUAAAAUUAAAAUCUACAUUAGU